AGGAAGAAGAAGAAGAACCCGUCCACAGGCCUGGUGGCGACAUGGAGGUUCUGCGCAAGUAGUUUGAAGCUUUACACUGUCUGAUCAGGGUGAUUGACAUUUAACUACAGUCCCGAUUGCACCUGUAAGGGAUCUUCCUGAGACAACAUGGCAGCACUGAGGAGGAUUCAUUCAUGGGUUCCACUCCUGCAGAGACCCUGCACACGGAGCUGCCAGAGAGCAGCCCCAGUGACGCGUAGACUUCUCCACACUCCUCCCCGCGUAGCUGCAGCGAACCAGCACUGGCCGAGAAGCACGUCUGUCCUGCAGCUCAGGUGCUUUGCGCCCUCUGCAUGCACGCUGAAGAGCAAGGGUAACUUUACCAAUGGCCAGCAGACAGGACUUACAGAGGAGGAGGAAGAUGAAGAUUUUAUGGAGGACAGUGAGGUGGAUGAGCUGUUCCAGCAGCAGAUUCCUGAAGGCAUCGGGGACGGUCGCCAACGGGUCUUCAUCGUUCACCCUGAUGUGAAGUGGGGAAGAAACAAACAGCAUCUGACCACAGCUGAGCUGAUGAUGGCAGAGGCCGUGGGGCUGGUGAACAGUUUAGACAACUGGAGAGUGGUGGACAAGAUCAUCCUCUCCACUAAAACGCCAGAGAAGAAGAGGAUAUUUGGCAAAGGCAACUUCGAGUCCCUUACAGAGAAAAUUCGACAAACUGCUGGAAUCACUGCUGUGUUUGUGAAUGUUGAGCAUCUGUCUGCUUUGUCUGAGAGGGAGUUUGAGGAAGCCUGGGGGUUCAAAGUCUUGGACAGAUACUCAGUGGUCCUCCACAUUUUCCGCUGCAAUGCCAGAACUAAAGAGGCCAAGUUACAGAUCUCUCUGGCAGAGAUCCCCUUGUUAAGAUCUCGUCUCAGGAAUGAAAUGGCAAACUUAGAUCAGCAGGGUGGAGGAUCCAGAUACAUCGGAGGUUCAGGUGAGACACUGUACGAGGUCCAGCAGAGGCUGCUGAAGGAGCGGGAGAUGAAGAUCCGUUCAGCAUUGGACAAACUCAAGAAAAAGAGGCACCUUCUGCGAUCCCAGCGUAAACACAAAGAGUUCCCCAUUGUCUCUGUGUUGGGGUAUACAAACUGCGGAAAAACCACCCUGAUCAAAGCACUGACAGGUGACAGUGGUCUCCAGCCUAGGAACCAGCUUUUUGCCACCCUGGAUGUCACCGUCCAUGCUGGCCAGCUGCCCAGUCGCAUGACCGUUCUGUACGUGGACACCAUCGGCUUCCUGUCCCAGCUGCCCCAUCAGCUCAUCGACUCCUUCUCUUCCACCCUGGAGGACAUCAAACACUCUGAUCUGUUGGUUCACGUCCGUGACAUCAGUCAUCCAGAGACGGUGAAUCAGAAGGCCAAUGUCAUGAAUGUCCUGAAGAAUCUGCAAAUCCCAGAUGGCCUGAUGAACUCCAUGAUAGAAGUCCACAAUAAAAUUGACCUUCUUGACAAUUACGAGUCCACAGAGCACAACGCACUGCCCAUAUCUGCCUUAGAAGAGCGAGGCCUAGAUGAGCUGAGGAGAGUGGUGGAGGAAAAGAUUUUAACCUCCACAGAAAAACACAUUUUAGACCUCAAGGUUAACCUCAGCACUCCUCAGCUGAGUUGGCUGUACAAGGAGGCCACCGUUCAAGACGUGCAGGUGAACGCAGAUGAAGGAUCAGCUGUUGUCAAAGUCACCAUCAGCACUGCUGCUUACGGACGCUACAGGAAACAGUUCAUGGGCAGAUAGUAGAGGAUCAGAGUGGUAACUCCAGACAGCACCGCACGCAUAUGUGCUGUACAGUAUAAAAUAUUUGAAAAUACAAAUCUGUAAAUGAAUGAUGUACAGGCUUCUGUUAUUAUACUGCACAUUAAAGCUGCAUCAUGUACAGUGCUUUAGAUUCAAAAUAAGAUUUUUUUAAAUGGGGAAAAAA